AUGAUGGGACUCACAAAGUGGGUCUUCCUGGUUCUGAUUAUCAUUCAGUUUAUCUUGGGAAUGCUGGGCAAUGGCUUCAUUGGAUUGGUCAAUGGUAUCAGCUGGUUCAAGAACAAGAGACUCUCUUUGUUGGACUUCAUCAUCACUCUCCUGGCUCUUUCUAGGAUUAUCAUCCUCUGUAUUCUCCUGACUGAUGAGAUUUUGUUAUUAUUUUUUUAUAAAACACGUGAAAAUGCAAUAGUGAUGCAGUUUAUUGAUAUUUUCUGGACAUUUGCAAACCAUCUGAGUAUUUGGUUUGCCACCUGCCUCAGUGUUUUCUAUUGCCUAAAAAUCGCCAAUUUCUCCAGCCCUACAUUCCUCUGGUUCAAGUGGAGAGUGUCCAGGAUAGUUGUGGGGAUGCUUCUAGGUGCAGUGCUCCUAUCGUGUGCCUCUACCAUGUCUCUGAUCCAUGAAUUUAAGGUUCAUGCUCUUACCAGUGGAAUUAGUCAUGCAGGGAAUGCAUCUGAGCACUUCAAAAUGAAAAACAUUUAUAAACUGGUCCACAUUCUUGCAAAUCUGUGGGACCUCCCUCCCCUAAUAGUGUCUCUAGUCUCCUACUUUCUGCUCUUCCUCUCCCUGGGGAGGCACAUUCGGCAGAUGCAACAUAUUUGUAGCAGCCCCAGAGAUACAACCAGUGAGGCCCACAAGAAGGUCAUAAAAACCACCCUCUCUUUCUUCUUUCUCUUCCUGCUUUAUUAUAUUUCUUUCCUAAUUGCAUAUUCCAGUUCUUUCCUACCAGGGGCAGAAAUGACUGAAAUGGUUGGAGAUAUAAUUAUAAUGUUUUAUCCUGCUGGCCACUCAGUUAUUCUCAUUAUGGGCAACAACAAACUGAAACAGACAUUUGUAGAGAUCUGGUGUAAACUUGGUCCCCAGAAGGCUGGUUCCAAGAGAUCCAUCAUUCUCUCGAUGGGCAGAGGAUGGAACAGGUAUCCUGAGACUCCUUUGGACUGA